AUGGGUACAUCGAUACAGGUACAACAGCGCGGUGGCUCCUCCGUGACCCGGCCCCCCCGGCUCGGCCAUGACGCGCCUCCCCGCUCCGGCCGACGCCGCCGCCUCCCCGCCGCGGCCCGGCGGAGGCCCGGCCCCCCCGGCCGCCGCCCCCGCGGCCACCGCCGCACCUCCUGGUGCUGCUCCUUCACCGUGCCGCCUUCCAGCCCCGAAACCCUAGCGGCCUCCCAGAACCAGCCGAGGCCCCUCGGCGGCAAGAGCUCCAAGCCGGUGAAGCCUCCCGAGUCGCUCGCGAAGCACGGCGCCGUCGCCGGCGCCGCUGCCGCGAGCUCCAUCCCCAACUCACCCCAGAGCUCCAAGUCGGGGCUCGGCAUCGUCGGCCGGAUCGAUCCCCGACGGAUCCUGUCGCCCGGCCGAGUCUCUCCGAUCGACUCCGAUUCCGUCCACGAUGCUGAUCCGGCUCCUAAUCCGUCGGCGGACGUGGCCAAGCAGCCGCGAUCCGGUGAGUGCAGCUUCCGCGCCCAGUCGGAGCGGUUCUCGAUGACGGAGCUGCAGGCGGAGAGCUUCCGAGCGCCCUCCGAGGGGCUCCAGGCUGCGCACGAGGGUCUGUCGUUGUCCAGAUCGGGUUCCAGCGAUAAUGCAGACAACAUGUUUGAUGUCAGGCUUAAUUUGAGGGCGAAGAACGGUGGGUGCUUGGUUUUGGAGCUUAAUUCGGAGGUUUUGUCCGCGAAUUCGGAGGUUUUUGCCGGUUUGAUUGCGGAGCACCAGAAGAGCUUUGGCCAAAAUGGGAGUUCCGCGAGCAUUUGUCGGAUUGAGGCCCCCGAGGUCGAGAAUUUGGGGAUAUUUAGGGAGACAAUUGAGUUGAUGUUUGAGGAUGACAUCGCGAAACGGCUUUUGAAGAUUGGUGUAUUUCGCUGCAUUGAUAUACUUGAGGUAUCAGCUGGCAUUGCGUUCAAAAGAGGCAUCUUGUCUUGCUUAAAAUAUCUGGAGGCUGUUCCAUGGACAGAGGAGGAAGAAGAGAAGCUGAGGAGCUUGUUCACAAGGUUUAACUUUGAUAAUGUGACAAUUAAAGACAUCUUGUCCAGACUUUAUAUGCUUGACACGGAAAAUUCCCAACAGAAUUUAGCUAAGCAGCUUAUUUUUUCAAUUACCAAAUGUGCUGAUGCAAAUGCAAGGAAUGAGCUGAAGUCACUAGUAAAGGGCCUUCUUUGCAAAAGUUCAGUCUAUGUGAAGGACCAGGUUGGCCUCGACAAGCAGGAUCUCUAUAGUGUUUGCCAAACUUGUCUUGAUUCAUUAGUCAGCUUGUUGGAGGAAGCCUCUGGUUUUGCUGCUACCCAUCAGACGCAGUCAAAGGAUGAAACAAGUAGACCCUUGAUAGAACGUAUCUCUAGACAGGUCGAUAAUAUUAACUGGCUGCUGGAAAUCCUGCUUGAUCGUCAAAUGGCAGAGGAGUUUGUGGAGAUAUGGACAGAUCAAAGUUUACUGCUGAAGAUGCAUGAGAUUGCAUCACCAAUGGUCAGGUACGAGCUCAGUAGGGUUUCAGCAAAUUUGAUCAUUGCGAUGGGAACCAGAAGACUUCACUGCCAUUCAGAAGUGAGAGCAGGUCUCUUCCAGGCCUGGUUUGGCCCUAUGCUUCUGGACUUUGGUUGGCUGCAAAGAUGUCGCAAGGGGCUUGAGAUGAAGUUGCUGGAGGAAGCUAUGGGCCAAACCCUCCUAACGCUUCCCCUGAAACAGCAGUAUGCACUCUUCAUGGAAUGGUUCAGAUGCUUCUCCAAGCACGGAUCAGAAUGCCCAAACCUUAGCAAAGCUUUCCAGAUUUGGUGGCGUCGGUCCUUUUUGAGGGGCUCCGAGACUAAUGCUAUAGAGUCCAGGUAAUUCGUACUGACCCUCAUUGUUUGUUUGUAUGAAAUGUUUCUUACUAGGUCCUGUCGAGAGAUUCUGAAACAUCUGGAAGUGAAUAUGGAGAUCAGCAUUGUAAAAUUGUUAAGAUGUUUAGUUGGCUUUCUGAUUUCUAGA